AUGACAGAAGAAAGCAGCCAGGGUCAGAAGGUAUCAGAGACUCCUGCAAACGAGGAGGCUGUGAGCUUUAUUUCAAAAGGCUGGAAUUUACUCGUUUUACUUCUUGGAGCAGCUGCCAUCGUGCAAGCGUUGGUAACAUCGGGAAAGUCGCCUGUGGUGGACCUCGAGUACGCGGUCCAUGAAGCAGCGAUCAAUGAGAAGGGUGCCUACUACAACUUUUCAAACAUUCGCUAUGGAGAUGUGAUCACUGGUGCAUCGAGGUUCAAAGCACCUCAACCACCAAGCUCGGUGAAUCGCACAUUGAACAAUGGUCAGACUGCGACGAGCAUCUCAGCUUCAGCCUCCACAAUCAACAUCUCCGAGAUUCCUCCGCUCAAUGCCGAAGAAACUGAGGAUUGCCUUUUCCUGGACGUCCUGGUCCCGUCGACAAUCUUCAACUCCAAAGCCCAAGUUGACUCCUGGGGAAGAAAAAGGUCGACUUCCACGCAGAAAGGUGCUCCUGUCUUGGUCUGGAUAGAUGGGGGCGGCUUUUCUGCAGGUUACAAGCACGAGCAACCACCCGCCGGGCUCGUGACGAGAUCUCAAUUGAACGAUGGAAAAGGUUUCAUAUACGUUGCCAUGAAUUAUCGAGUUGGGCUUUUUGGCUUCCUUCCGGCCAACAUUACCGGCCGGGGGGAUUCGAAUGUUGGACUACUGGAUCAACGCCUUGCGCUCGAAUGGGUGCAGAGAUACAUUCAUCUAUUUGGCGGAGAUCCGUCCAGAGUGACGAUCAUGGGAGAGUCGGCCGGUGGAGGGGCUGUUAUGCAUCAGAUCACGGCUUUUGGAGGUGUUGGCAAUGUCCCUUUCCAGCAAGCCGUUCUCCAGAGCCCUGGGUGGCUACCGAACGGCAAUCCGGGCUUUCAGAAAUCCUUGAUCGAAUACGCUUUGACAAAUGCGUCUGCAUUGACGAACAAGCCAAUUCAAACUAUUGAAGAUCUUCGCGGUCUGUCCUUUGCCGAACUUGCACUCGUCAACAGCGUCAUCGUUGGGCAAUCCUCUUACGGCACAUAUACAUUUGGUCCAGUUGUCGAUGGUACAUUCGUGCCCGAUAUGCCAGGCAAGCUGGUAUCCCAAGGACGGUUCGCCAAAUCUUUGAAUGCUAUAAUGAUGGGCACGAACUUUAAUGAAGGAGUGCUUUUCAACUCUCCUUUCCUCACAAGUGACGCGGAGUAUCGGUACAAUAUACGCCAGUUCUUCCCCAAGGCGAGCGAGGCGAUCAUCAAUUACAUCGCCACAAGCCUUUACCCUAACGACCUUUCUGGGAAGUACAACUAUACGACACAGACAUUGAGGUCCGCCGAGACGACGGCAGAGGGCUGCUUUCUAUGCAAUACACGUUACUUGCCUCAAGCACUACCCGCUCUCGCGUCCAAGAACGUCUUCAAGUAUCUGUUCGCCGUGCCUCCAGCCAUUCAUGCGGAUGAUCUUGGCUAUACCUUCUACAACGGCAAUGGUAGCCUGACGGGGGAAGGGUAUUUCGUCAACGAAAAGGUCGCUCUCACGCUUCAAGACUAUAUUUCCAGCUUUGUCAUAACUGGAUCGCCGAACAAUGGCCCCGAGACAUCAGGCAAUCCUUGGUUCCCGACCUACGGCACCAAUGCAUCCGUUCUGACGAUGUUGAACGGGACCGGACUGGGCGCUUUGAAAGUCGACCCUCAAGCGAAUUCACGAUGCGACUGGUGCCAGAAGACACUUUAUGUUUCUCCAGCGGAGUUAGGGUAA